CGGGCUGUACACUACUACUGCUCCUCCGGCCGCUGGUGCUGGCUGCCCGCCUGCCUGAGGGUCAUGGCCUCCCAGCAGCCGCAGUGCUCCAGCUUCUCGUCCAUGUCGAGAACACACCCACGGCCUUCAGUGACCAUAGAUGACUCCUUUCUCUCAGAAGCCAAGAGCAACCAGAAACGCAAGCUCUCUCAGAAGCAGAAGACGCUGCUCUUUCAGUUCCCCAUGGGCAGCCACCUAUCCCCAUGGCCCACAUAUACCAGUGGCCAGACCAUUCUGCCAAAUCGAAAGCCUUGUUCAUGUGACUACCGGAACCGAACAAGUAGCUGGCAGCAGCAGUCCUUCAGCACCACCAAGCCCAGGUAUCUGGAGCAGCUAGAGAAUUAUUUACGUAAGGAGCUUCUCCUGCUGGACAUGGGCACGGAUUCUACCCAGGAGCUGAGGCUGCAGCCUUACAGAGAGAUCUUUGAGUUCUUCAUAGAGGACUUCAAAACAUACAAGCCAUUGCUAUCCUCCAUCAAGAAUGCAUAUGAAGUGAUGCUCGCCCACCAAAGGGAGAAGAUUCGGGCUCUGGAGCCCCUGAAGGCCAAGCUUAUCACUGUGAAUGAGGACUGCAACGAGAGGAUCCUGGCCAUGAGGGCUGAGGAGAGAUACGAAAUCUCCAUGCUCAAGAAAGAGAAGAUGAAUUUGCUAAAACUCAUUGACAAAAAGAAUGAGGAGAAGAUCUCAUUGCAGAGUGAGGUAACCAAACUGAGGAAGAACUUGGCUCAAGAGUACCUGCACUACCUCAGUGAGCGAGAUGCCCGUAAGAUCCUCAUUGCAGACCUGAAUGAGCUACGGUACCAGCGGGAGGACAUGUCACUAGCCCAGUCCCCAGGCAUCUGGGGGGAGGACCCCGUGAAGUUAACACUGGCUCUGAAGAUGACUCGGCAAGACCUGACCCGUACACAGAUGGAACUCAACACCAUGAAGGCCAACUUUGGAGAUGUGGUACCCAGGAGGGACUUCGAAAUGCAGGAGAAGACCAAUAAGGACCUUCAGGAGCAGUUGGACAGCCUGAAAGCUGACUAUGAAGAGGUCCGCAAGGAGCAUGAGAUUUUGCUGCAGUUGCACAUGAACACACUGAAGGAACGGGACCAGUUCUUUUCUGAACUGCAGGAGAUUCAGCGCACCUCCACACCUCGGCCUGACUGGACCAAGUGUGAAGAUGUGGUGGCCGGGGGCCCAGAGCGCUGGCAAAUGCUGGCCAAGGGCAAGAACAGUGACGAGCUGGUGGAUGUGCUUCUGGAGGAGAUUGGCGAGGGGCUGCUCCGGGAGAAAGACUUCUUCCCUGGUCUGGGCUAUGGUGAAGCCAUCCCUCCUUUCCUUCGGUAUGAUGGCCUUGUGGAGAACAAGAAACCAACCAAGAAGGAUGUGGUAAACCUCCUCAAGGAUGCCUGGAAGGAACGUCUUGCGGAGGAGCAGAAGGAGAAGUUCUCAGAUUUCUUCUUUAAUUUCCUGGAGCGUCGCUUUGGGCCCAGUGAUGCAAUAGCCUGGGCUUACACCAUUUUUGAAAAUAUCAAGCUCUUCCGUUCCAAUGAGGUCAUGAGUCAGUUUUAUGCAGUCUUGAUGGGAAAGAGGAAGGAGAGUGUGUAUGUCAACCAGACGGAGACAGUAGCCCAGCUGCUGAAGGAGAUGACAAAUGCUGACAGUCAGAACGAGGGGCUACUAAACAUGGAGCAGUUCAGCACUAUCCUCAGGAGUACAUUCCCUCUGAAGAAAGAGGAGCAAAUUCAGGAGUUGAUGGAGGCAGGUGGCUGGCAUCCCAACAGCAGCAAUGCAGACUUGCUCAACUACCGUUCAUUGUUUACGGAGGACAAGGAGGGCCAGAGUGAGCCCUUUGUACAAAAGCUGUGGGAACAGUACAUGUGUGAGAAGGAUGAGUACUUACAGGAGAUAAAGCAGGAGCUGGGCCUGGAACUCCGUGAUGAAGUGACCCUACCCAGGUUGCGUGGGGCCCUGAUGAACAUCGAUCCGAGCAUGGACAAGCAGACUCUGAGCACCUAUAUGAGCCAGGCCUUCCAGCUCCCCAUGUCAGAACUGCCAGAGGAGGGUGACGAGAAGGAAGAGGGCAUUCUGACAUGGCUCUGCACUGCAUUGGAACGGCUUCAGGUGGCUGACGUCAGGCGCAUGGGGCCUCGAGAGCCAGAACCUGCAAGCUAGGACCACCGUGGACAGCCUAAGUGCUCCAGUGUUGCUAACCCUGAUUUUAGUAUAAAAUUGUUUGUCUGAACCCAGGUCCUUCUCCAGG